GGCCGCACUUCCGCCUUGGUGUCAGCGGUACCGGGCCGGGGGGGUGCUGCGGUGGGGCCGUCGCGGGAGCGCGGUGUCAGAGCUCCUGAAAGGGAGACAAGCAAGAUGAGAAAAAUAGCAGGAAAAAAGCCCUUUUUUUAAAUGCCACCAGAACUUCUGCAUGGUAACAAAGAAUAAAACUGGGUGAAGUACAAAUGUUUAUGUCACACCAUUGCCAACCAUCUGGAAAAGAUCUAAUUUGGGCUAUCCAUAAAAUAGAGCUGGAAUGCCUCAUAAAUCUAUCAUCUGAAGCAGCUGGGUGUUUGCAAAAGAAGACUUCGACAGCACCCAGAUAAUUAAUCUCUAAAUCAAGCUCAACAAUGCAUUAGAGGAAGCUGGAUUGGCUGUGCAGAGAUUUCACACUGAAGAAUGAAUAGUGAAGAAGAGUUUUAUGAUGCCGUUACGGGCUUCGAUUCCGACAAUUCUUCGGGAGACUUCUCAGAAGCAAAUCAUAAAGUUGCAGAAAUGCUCGAUCUAGACCCACACCAAAGCAGCAGGACAGGAAAGCAGAAUGGAGAGACAGAGAUUCAAGAAAAUGGAAUUAAGAGACACAGGACAUCAUUACCUGCCCCAAUGUUUUCUAGAAGUGAUUUUAGUGUGUGGAGCAUAUUAAAAAAGUGCAUUGGACUGGAGUUGUCAAAGAUUACAAUGCCUAUUGUCUUCAACGAGCCAUUGAGUUUCCUUCAACGGAUAACAGAAUAUAUGGAACACAUAUACCUCAUUAAUAAGGCUUGUAGCCAUGCAGACCCCCUGGAAAGAAUGCAGGCUGUAGCUGCUUUUGCAGUUUCUGCUGUAGCUUCUCAGUGGGAGAGAACUGGCAAACCAUUUAAUCCACUGUUAGGAGAAACCUAUGAGUUAACCAGGGAGGAUUUAGGAUUUAGGUUUAUUUCUGAGCAAGUCAGCCACCACCCACCUAUUAGUGCGUUUUAUUCCGAAGGCCUCAAUCAAGACUUUGUUUUUCAUGGAUCAAUCUAUCCCAAACUAAAGUUCUGGGGGAAGAGUAUAGAAGCAGAGCCUCGGGGAACAAUUACUUUGGAGCUUCUGAAACAUAAUGAAGCUUACACAUGGACAAAUCCAACCUGUUGUGUACAUAAUGUAAUUAUUGGUAAACUGUGGUUAGAACAAUAUGGAACAGUAGAAAUUGUAAAUCACAGCACUGGAGACAAAUGUGUCCUUAAUUUUAAACCAUGUGGACUGUUUGGCAAAGAGCUUCACAGAGUAGAGGGAUACAUCCAGGACAAAAACAGAAAGAAGCUGUGUGUGAUCUAUGGCAAGUGGACAGAAUGCUUAUGGUGCACUGAUCCCACUACGUAUGAGACUUACAAGAAGAACGAGAAGAGAGGUGGUGAGCAGAAGAAACUGAAGCCGAGUGAAGAUGUUAUUAAAUCUGAAAACGAUGAGGCUGAUGAUAUGCCAGAGGUUCAAGAUACAGUGCAGUUCAUACCAGGCAGCAAAUUGCUUUGGAGAAUAAAUUGUAGGCCACCAAACUCAUCGCAGAUGUACAAUUUCACCAGUUUUGCUGUGAGUCUCAAUGAGCUAGAGAAGGGCAUGGAAGCAAUAUUGGCCCCCACCGACUGUCGGCUACGCCCAGAUAUCAGAAACAUGGAAAAUGGAAACAUGGAUGUGGCUAGCAAAGAAAAAGAGAGACUAGAAGAGAAACAAAGAGCUGCUCGCAAGGAGCGUGCAAAGGAUGAAGUGGAGUGGCACACACGAUGGUUUCAGCAAGGCACUAACCCCUACACUGGGACUUCAGAUUGGCUCUACUCAGGUGGCUAUUUCGAUAGAAAUUUCUCAGACUGUCCAGACAUAUACUGAAAUGAUGGAACCAAUUGCUCAUCUCAUCUGGACAUCUAGUUACUAGAUUUCAUUCCAAGCCAGUUACUCUGGUUUUGUUGAUAGCGAGAACCAGCUUUUCUAAGUCAAUUUUAACAAAAAAUAUCUAUCGGUCAACAAUCAAGGAUUUAAUUAUCACUAAUGUUGGAUUGCCAAAUAUUUACAUCCUGUUGCAUUCUCUCCAUAAAGCUGCACCUCAAAUCAUCAGCUUUUCACUAAUUUUCAAAGGGACCUUUUGGUUCUUCGUUUUUUUUCCCUCUCCCUCCACCCACUCCUGCCGUUUCCUUUGUCAGGAAGAUCCGCCGUAUCCGAUAGAACACGUAACAUCCUUGACAAAAACUGCUUAACUUCGAUAAAAUAGAGAUAAGAUCCUUGUAACUUAGUACAAUAGCAAAGAAACUGAAGGCUUUUGGAGCUCGGAGCAGGGAUGAAAAGCUCGUGUGGGAUCAAAUCUAGUGAAGAGACGUGCGUGAAGCUCCGCACGGGAUGUAGCACUACGUGGGGCUGCAGCUCCCGAGCCCCUCACAACGUCAGUCACUAAUGCAGAGACUCGGAGAAAACAAAACAAGCCAACCUGAGCUUCUCAAGCUGUUAGUUUGUCUGUUACACAGUCUUGGAGGCUUUUGGACACUGUGAGCAUUAAACUGUGUACCUGUGACAAAGCGGCGUCCGGCAGACGAGCGAAGGGAAGGGCGUGUGUGAAUGUGCUGCUUCUCGGCUCAAAUGCUGGCCUGGAAACAGGAGAAGCUCGGGAAGCAGUGGGCGGGAACGUAGAGGUGGUUACAAUGUAAAAUACAGCGCUUGCUACCACUCAGAGGCUUAACCUCUGCACUGCCUUCGGCAGCUCCGGCACUGUGUAUGCUCCUAGACUAAACUUUCCUUUGGAAGCACUUUGGGAUGUAUUAAUUGUCCCCACAGGCUCAGAUUUCGGGGAAGUUUUUGGUUUGCAUGUUUCUCAUCAUUAGGUCAUGUCUGUUCUGUAUGUGGUGAACAAGCAGAAUCCAUUUCAGGCUUUGGCAGAGUUAUACCUUAUUACAAGUUUUCUCUGUGAGCACGUGAUGUCAAAAAGUGGGAUUUUCUUUUGGUUCCUUAUCAAAGCCAUAUAAUACUGCAACUAAUCCAUUACUGAAUGGAGGUACUCAUUUUCUUUUAUGUGGAACACUAAGGGGAGAGGGAGGCUUGAUAAAUUAGGUCCAGUAAUUAAAACUAAUCCUAAUGCUGCUGCUUUGAUGAAAGUUUUUAACUGAGUGCCCAGGCGAAAAUGGAGAGUGGCUGCACUGCUGUAAGCUUACAGGGAUUCAGAAGUGACUGGUGUUAUGCCCCAGCAACUGGAGGAGUUCUUGGAAGAACUGGGCUGACUGACAUCCAAAACAUUUGUGGUUUCAUCCAGAGAGUUGAUUUUUGAAGUGCUUCUCUCCCAGCCACAGGAGUAAAAAGCAAAAGAAAAUUAACAUGCUCGUGGAGAAACAUUUUUGUAUCAAAUCACACAUCUGAUGGUUGGAGUAACUUGAGAUGCUUGGGAAAGGAGGUUGUUGUCUUCACUGGGAAGCUGUAAAACGUCCAGGCAGGGCCUACUCUGAAAUGUGCUGGUGGCAGCUUGGCUCUGUUGCCAGGCUUCCUGCUUGGUGUUGGUUGUGUGAGUGUGCAGGACGUGUCAGUACAGUGCAGGCACCAGAGCUGCACUUGUUCCCAGGAAGUGCACAGGCACUUGCCUUUUUAAAAGCCACCACUGGUCCGUAUGGGACAGCAGAAAAAUGCUUUUUAUGAAACCCCUGAGCUUUGGUGGCUGUGCCAGGCACUGUAACCCCUUCCCAAACCCGCUGCCAGCAGCGCCGGGAACCCUUCCAUAGGUGGGGAUUGGAAGGAUUCGUGCAUUCAGCCAGUUGAAUGUCUCAUAGGAGUUAAAACUUGCUUAAAUAGCACAUGUAAUGCUGGAGCAGGGUUUUCAAAGUAACACAUACAAUAGAAAUUGCCUGAGUGGGAAAAAUUGUGGAGUUGUUGCUAAGGAAAUAUUCUGUUAUGCAGAGAAAUAUUCUGCUUUCAGGUUAGUGUCCCUCUCAUCUAAAUGGUCAUUUCAAUUCAAAGACCUAAAGUCUUGUCAUUACAUGGAAGCAUGAAAAAAGUUGUAACAACAUGUGUAAUCCCAACUUCAGCACAGAAUCCUCAUGGGAUGUGAAAAGAAACCAGGACUGAACACUCCGUGAGUUGUGUCUUCACCUCCUUCUCCCCUUCCUUUAGUGUGAAGGUUUUAGUGAAACUGCACAUUAGUUCCAGAUCCAUUUUGCUAAUUUCUUGUUCCUCAUUGCCAAGCUUCCAAAGCCUUGCCCCUGGCUGCUGCCCUGGCUGUGCUUGGCUCGCCCUGGCACUCCUGUGCUCUGAAAGGGAUCAACUCUUACUUUCCACGCAGAUCUCGCCUCAGUAGUUUGUGUCAAAACAUUAAUAACUUUGCACCUUUUGAAAGAAUGUCACUUUUAUAACUUGAUUAAACGCUGUAUAUAAGAUAACUGUGUUAGUAUAUGUUAAUACAGCUGUGUAGAGAAACCAUCUAGAAAGAAGCUAUAAUAAAUCCUUCAUACACUGUGGGCCUCUA